AUUUAAACGUGGCAGCGGGAGGGGGCGGGACCGGCCCCGUUCUCGGCCGCUGCCGCCUCAGCCGCCUCAGCCCCGCACCGCGGCCUAGCCAUGGUGGUGCCGGCGAGGCGCGUGAAGACCGAGUACAUGAAGCGGUUCAAGGAGCCCAAGUGGGAGUCGUGCGGCGCCUGCUACCUGGAGCUGCUGCGCUACCGGCUCAGCCGCCGCCUGCUGGAGCAGGCGCACCGGCCCUGGCUCUGGGACGGCUGGGAGGAGGGCAGCGGAGCCGGCAGCACCGGCAGCACCACCGGGACACCCUCGCCGCCCGCCGCCGCCAGCCCCGCCGCGCAAGAGGAGGAGGCGCCGAGCGAGGCGGGACGGGCGAGCCCCGAGAAAGAAAAAGAAGAUCAAGAAAAGCAGCAGAAGGAAGAGCAAGAAAAAACUGUAGAACACGCUUCUGAAAAGGAAGCAGACAAAACCAGCCCUACAGGACGACGUCCUAGUCGAAGUGCCUUGUCCAGUCGUAAUGAUCAAAAAUCAGGCAAAAAUCCUCAAAAGACAGAUGCACCAAAGGAGAACAAACAUCCAUUUGCUCUGUAUGGGUGGGGAGAAAGACAGACGGAUACUGGAAGCCAGAAAACUCACAAUGUCUGUGCAUCUGCUUCAGCAAAUGAAAUUCACGAAUCUGCUCUACGAGCAAAGAACAGGAGGCAAGUGGAGAAAAGGAAGCUUUCUCAGAGGCGAGUGCGGUCAGCAGAAGCAGAGAAAGGUUGGCGAAUAAAGCCCGCCCCACCAGAUAACCCUUGGAUGACAGAGUAUAUGAGAUGCUACUCAGCAAGAGCUCGGUGAAUUUGGAUUCCCUUGGGCAUCUUCAAAAGAAGUUACACAUAUCAGGGCACUGGUGCAAGGAACCAAACACUUUAUGCAAGGUUUUUCUAGGGAGUUUCCAGCAAAUAUUUGUUACAAUGUUUUUAUCUUGGCCACCUACCUCACAGUGGGGUGUAUCCUUGGAGCCAUAACAUUUGAAAAGGCUUUUAGAUACAGAUACCCAAACUUGUAAACAAUUCCCCUUUUGGGAAUCUUUCUAAUGCUUCAGUUGACUUGAUUUGGGGGUGGGAGGGGAGAACUUUAGCAGUCAAAGCAAACACUUUUUUGAUCUUGGUUACAAAUAAUCUGUUGUCCCUUAUUUUAAAAGUCCCAAGUCAUGGGGAGGUGAUGUUGGAUUUAAAGAUGUGAUGGAGGUGCCUUUGCAUUUAUGGUACUAUUUGAUUGAAUACUUCAACCAAACUAAGUAUAUUAAGAUAGGCACCAGGAAAGCCAGUGGAUCUGGUAAACAGCACUUAUAAACGUAGAUGCUUUAGGCAGGCAAAUUUCCAAGUAUUGUCUGUAUAUAGAAACUUCCAAAAAAUAAUUGUUCGAUUAGUGAAUCUGAUGAUGCUAACUUUUUAUUGCUGUUUCUAAGGUCACUAAGGUAAAUUACUAAUCUUCAGGGCAAGAAACAGCUACAGGGUUGUUCUGCUGUUGCCAUGCCUGUAGUACCAAAUAACUUAUGUAGACAAUCAUUAUCUGAUAGCUGCUGCUCAGUAGGCAGUUGCUUGUUCUACCAGUAUCAAGUUGUACCACUGUAUUAAGCUUAUGGUCACUUACUCCAUGCUUAAUCAUGUAAAUGCGUUUAUAGAAGGAGAAGGCUGGCUCCUGUCUAGCAAAGUCUAUUUUUAACAUUUAAUAAUACACUCAGUGGGGGUUGGAGUGCCAUAUACAUUCCAUUUGGUGGUAUUGUACAAGUAUACUGUUAAAGGUUUUAAGCUUAACAAUCAUGUUGAUAAAACUUGUUGAUGAAGUCCUGAGAAGCUUUCUGAUUCUCAAAACCGGUGCAGAACUCCUCCCUAUUGGGGGCUGAGGGCUCAGGGAAGAGAGAGGAAUACUCUUUAGUAUAAACAAGAACAGAUAAUGAAGUUUGAACACUUACUUUGUAGGUCCUACUUCUACAUAGGCAUUGUUUGUGAGAUCCUCAGUGUUUUUUUUUUUUCCCCUCAACCUGCUGUAAAUUUUUCAGUUUGAUAACUAAGCUGUAGGCAGAUUAUUGAUAUAGUCGUGAGCUUCAAAGUUUUGUUCCGAUGUGGUGUCUGUUAGUUACAUAUGUUGGUUAUCCCAGUUUAAUUGUUUUGAAGCUUGUAUUUUGCAGACCACACACCUUCUCACAGGAAGCACAUGUGCGCUUCUGUAGCAGAAAUCUGCACUAGUCUUAGCUUCAUCCUACACUCUCAGCGAGAAAGCAGGACUCCAGAAUUACUACUGCAAUACAGAGUUACGCGCCUAGUGAAAAAAUUGAUUGUGUUAGUGAAAGUAAUUGUGCGAAGGGACCAAGCACUAUUGCCUCCUAGUUUACAUCACAUCAGUCCUAAUUACAUCACAUCAGUAAAGGUUUUGUUAUUCUAGUUUUAAUCUUACUAAGAUGUCCUAGAAUCCAUGAAGUUAUAAUCUGAUUUUUUACCUGCCUUUUAAGCACAAAGCUAUGAAAAUACAGACAACUCUUUUUUCAGACUACCUACUAGAGACCUUACAGCUUUUACACCUGGGAAUGCAAAAUAUGUUUUAUACAUAGCACAACUGCUCUAUUCCAACUUUCAAGUGAUCCAUGGGCUAGAACUUCCUAAAACUUAAGAACAGCACCCAAAACUCUGAGGUAAACUACUCCAGAGGAUGCCUUUUUUCCCAUAGGAAAUUCUUUCAAUUUCCCCUUAAGCUGUUUUCUUCUUUAGAUAGCUGCUGUAAAUAUGCUCAAGUCGCUUUAGCUUCUGAUGUUGUUUCAAUCCAGAAUUCCAACCUAGCUUUGAACGCUGGUAUCAAACAUCAACUCAGUAGCGUUUAACAGCCUUAUAAAAUGAAAAAUAAUCUGCUGUUCCUGGUGGAAUGCCUCAACACAGGUUUUAUAUAACUUCAGCAGAUGGACUGUGCCCUCAGUGCAUUUUGUCACAUUUAGCAGUUUCCUUGAUUGUGUAGGGAAUCUUGAAAACCAUCUUGCCAUGUUUUCGCAGACAGCUUCUACAGUUCUCUCUUCCCACUGACAAUGGAGGAGUGAAGAUGACUGUGUGCCUGCCUUAAGUACCCAUUUUUGGAUAAGACAGAUCUCCCAUUCGAUGUUUGUCUUUCCAAUAACUAGAGAGGGCUUAAAUGUCUUCUGUUUUGGAUACUGGGUAUCAAACCUAACUUAAAACAUCUCCAAGAGCCUUGUUCAGGUGUUCUACCAGAUCAUGAGAACCUUCAACAGCAUCAGGGUGGCUGUGUACUGAGGAAAUGUUCUAGUUCUUAUCCUUGUCUGGUUGAGAGCUAUUCCCUAACAAAGCAAUUUGCUAGAAGAUGGUGGUGAUGCUAAUUGGGUCAUGUGAGUCACUGUCAUGCUUUUUCAAAUGGUCUGUAGCUAAAAAAAUCGUGGGUGCUAUGUUGGUACCAUCUUGGUUUAAAUAAUAUAAAUGCCUAAAGAGAAGGUUAAAUUAUUCUGCAAAUCAGGUAGCCUUUCUGCAUUUGGGCAUUGCUUGACUAAAAAAAGGCUAGUAAGUUUGCUUACAUGAUGUGAAAUAGCAUAGUUCUGAUCACUGCAAGCUGUAUAUGCAAAAUAUUUGCCAUGUGUCAGGCUGAAGUCUGGGAAACUGUUAUUUUAGUGAUUUGACAUUAACAAAUGAAAAGCCAAUUGACUUGGCAAGGAGAAAUUGUCAAGUGUAAAAGCUUUAACUAUAUUCCAUAGAUUCUUACAGGAGGUGGCUGGUUUGCUUCAAAUUAAGACUCAUUAAAAAAUGGAAAACCUAGUGAAUGUCACCCUAUCCAUUAAGGAAGUUCUGAGCUUUGUCUUGCACGGACUCUUGAAUUCAGCCAAGUGACAAACACUUCUCACUCCUGUUUUAGAGGUAAAACUUUCUUUGUAAGAACACAGCAAAUAAUCAGUUGUCCAAAGUCUUCAUUAAAAUAACUGCUUAUUCUUUUUGCUUCUGCACUUAGCUAAGUGAAACAAGACUUCUACGUGUGUAAUGCUGCAAUUUAACUAUAGUGUUGUGAAGACUAGUAUUUACAAUGUGAAAAUGUUACAUGUAAAAUGUUACAAUGAAAACCGCCUAAGAAUGUCCCUGUAAAAUACAGUAGCAUGCCUGUUCAGUCACUGCUGUCACAUCUUUGCAACUAUGGAUUUACAGACUUUUUCACUGGAAGCUGAGACAGUCAAGGUGAUAGCUAAAACUUAGAGCCAAACUUAACACACGGAAGGACAGACCUGAACUUUUACUAAGAAUUUUAUCCAGGUAGAAAAUACACAUUUUAAUCAACUGUUUAACAUGUAGAGAACUGUAUCUGUUGUUUUUAAUGGUAUAAAACAGUGCCACUGAACUAUAAAGGCCUCUCUGACACUUUUUUUUUUUUUUUUACUGUGAUAGGGACCAAAAGCUAGCAAUCUGAGGGCUUUAUGUGUGGUAACCUGGAUGUUCCAGUUUAUUUUCCAGCUCAGUUGGUACACUCAGCAGCAAAGCCAUAUAUAGAGCCUGACUCAACACCUUGACAGUAGCCCCUAUAAAAUAAGGGGUACAAGUGAAUGGGAAGCUGCCUCAGCUAUUGUUAGCACUGAAUUCACUUUAAAAACUAUAGGGAAAUACCAUCUAAGCUUGAAGCAAUAUGUGAAUAUGUGUUUUUUAAAGUUUUUAAACAGUAUUUGUUUUUAAUGCUUCUGUAUUGUCUAUUUUUAAUAGUGUAGAGUCAACUUGUAUAUGUGAAUAAAAUAAGUGACACAAAGUACUUUGACUGCUUGUACUGUGUACAUUCACAGGGCUCUUGAGUCUCCGCAUGCAAACUAUGGCUUCUGCUUUUCCCACAUACUCUUUUCCUGGAAAGUAAGUGACAGGCUUCUGUAGUGACUGGUGCUGGGUAAGGGGUUAGAUUACAGUUACAAGUCCAGCUGAGAGCUUAGCUCGUUUCCUGUGUCCUGCCUGUAACUCUCCCACAGAUUCCUCACACCCUUUUCCAUUCUGACUGGCUUUUUAUACCACUAACGAGGAAAAAAUACAGCCUAGAAUAUGAGAGCCAUCUGAGGUUGCUAUGCAUGCUGAAACCUUUGGGAAUCUUAAUUUAGAAUGUUGGAAAGAGAGGGUAAUGUGGGGAAAAAACAUGAAGCUGCAUCACUAACAAGUAUAAUCUUGCAAAUAGGAAAAGUUAAGUUAUUAAAGGAUAGCUACAGUGUAGUUCCAUAUGUUUCUGGUUCUAUAGUAAAUGAAAAAGACCUGGUGUGUUUCUUACUGUGGAUUUACAAUGUAUUUGAGAUUUUUAGUGUUAAUUCUUUCAGCAUAUAGAGUAUAAUGCAGAUGAGUAAAUUAUCAGGCUUCUUUAUAGCAUUAAUUUUUAAGGACUUAUGGGAGCUGUGUACUUUCAAGCCAUAAGAUGCCUUGUUGAAUACAAAGAACGCAUGAGAUGAGUCAACCAUGAAUUCAGUCUGAGUUGUAAUAGUCUGGAGAAACAUCUUCUCCUUGCUUUAGCUUUUUUAAAAAUAUCUUUCUGAAGCUAUAUUCUCCAAGAGACCUAAACAGAUCAAUCCCAUCCCUGGUCAUCACUACAGAAGGACAUAAAGAAGCAAAUGCACCUUUGCAGCCAAACCACAUGCAGAAGGGACAUAAUGUAUUGUUCCUCUAACAGGGGGCAGCAGAAGCUUGCAGGGUUGGGGCCCCUCCUAUGCCACGGGCAAAGCUGCCACUGGAGAGCGCAAGGCAGACCCUGCUACUGAAAAAUACAGUGAAGCAUUCCAGCUCCAUUAGCAGCUGCUGCUGCCUUCCUAGCUCCAUAUAGUGACCAUGCAAUGAAUUUAGAAAGUUUUUUCAAGAUUACAUGUAUUUCAUGUUAUAGACUUCACUUAGCAGGCAAAACUUGUACAAGUAAGUAUAAUUUGCUGCAAGACAUCUAUAAAAUUAAGAAAGAUUCUUUAUUUGGUACUAGAUAGAAGCAUUAAAUGAAAUGGUAUAGGUCAACCCACUCAUUAAAAGGCAAGACAUAGACUUUAAAAGAUUUAAAUCUUUUAAAGGUCUAAACAGCUAAAGCUCCACAUCCAAUAAAUCCUAGGAUAUAGGUACUCAGUAUUAUUUAUUUCAUGUAGAACUCCAAGCCAUCUUGCUUUAGUAAAGUAAGAAUUUUACACUAAAUCCGUACAUAAUUUAACCUAUUGAUCACUUACUGUUUAUGUGAGCUAGAACAGUUUGCUGUGCGAACUAUAAUGUUAAAGCUUAAAAUCUACUCCAGGGCUGUUAUUGGCAUGAUGUUUAUUUUUGGAAAAACUCUCAGCAGAGAAAUAUUAAUAUAGCUUGCACUGGUGAGAGCUAUUGCUUCCAACAGUAUUUCCCCCAGGAGUUGCCAUUUUAUAAAGUUUCUUUUUAAAAUGUCACAGAGAUGCAGCAUAAAAGGUUGCAAUACUACAAAAUAUGCACAUUAACCUGGUUAAUGUGUAUACAGUAAGAGUAUACAUUAAAAAAAGUUAAAAAUAUAU